AUGAUGGAAAUUGCAAAGUCAAGAAUGGACGCUGGUAAAAAGUGCAGCGGCAGUUCCGUCAACACAACAAGUGAUUCAAGAAAACGAACUAAUGUAAAUCCUUGUUUUGGUACAUCAAGUCAAGCACAAUCCUCAUCUUCCGCAGGGUAUUAUCGACCAAUAAAUCAAGUUGGUUGUGGAACACGUGACAUUAAAUCGAAACAGCACGUUCAUACAAACACUGGCAGCAGCAGUGGCGUUCAGCACCCAAAACUUCUUUCUAGGAUGUCAAGUGCUUCAAAAGAAGCAACAAAUGUAACAUCGAGUUUUGAUAUUUUGAGAAGCCAACAACUUGGAGCCUGCGAUCGGAGAAAAACCGGAAAGGAGUCCUACAAAUGCAGUCCUCGUGAAAAAGAAACAAUAAGACAUCAACCUGUAAAGUUGGAAAAGGAUACGCAGUUUAGGGUUACGCCUCAGGAUGCAGUCGCACCUAGCGAAGGCCCUUCAGCUAGACAUAUAAAGCAGGCUGCAGCAAACAUCAUUCAUGAGCAAAAUAGGUCUGCUUGUUCAGUAAAUGAAGGAGCACUUUCUUCUUUUUAUGCCAAACCACAGAUCAGUACUUCUUCCAGUAAAUUAGACGCGCAGAAGAGAAAUAUUGGACGGGGAGAGAGCUGUUUGGAAGGCCAAUCAAGAAAAGAUGCCAAAAGUGAAAUCGCGUCUGUUGUGAAGGUGAACUUGAAGAUGUUAACCAAAGACAAACCAUUAGGAGUUGAUGCAUUCAAGGAAAUCGCAAGGCUUUCCACGCAUACCAUUUAUGGCGCUUGUGGUUUAAAGCAUUCAAAGUCUGGAGAGCAGGAAUGUGGAGUAAUUUUGCAGUAG